AUGGGAGAAAGUGGUGUUCUGUUACUUGUGUUUGCUCUGUGCGCGUGCGUGUCACACGUGCAAGGUGCCAUCACGCUGCCACCAGCGGGCACGGUGCUGCAUUUCUACAAGAACACCACGUGCGGCAACGACAUAGAGGAGUACGUGAAGCUCCAGGUGAAACUCGUGUGGGAUAAGGACCCUUCGAUCACGCCUGCGUUGCUCCGCCUGCUCUAUUCUGAUUGCUUUGUAACGGGCUGCGAUGCAUCGAUACUGCUUGAUGGACCUGAUUCGGAGAAAAAAGCACCGCAGAAUCUGGGCCUCAGGGCGUUCGUCCUGAUCGACAAGAUCAAGGAGGUUUUAGAAAAGAGGUGCCCACGAACGGUCUCCUGCGCUGACAUCCUCAACCUCGCCACACGUGACGCGGCUCACCUGGCAGGUGCACCAGCCUAUCCAGUUUUUACAGGGAGAAGGGACGGCUUCAAAUCAAGUGCUAAAUCCGUGGAUCUUCCAGACCCGAAUAUAUCAUUGCAGGAAGGACUUGCUUACUUCAAAUCCAAGGGUCUUGAUGUGCUGGACCUCGGAACCCUCUUGGGUGCUCACACCGUCGGCUCUACGCAUUGCCGCUACAUCCGCGACCGGCUAUACAAUUACAAAGGUACCGGUAAGACCGACCCGAACAUGAACUCGACGUUGGUGGCCGAGCUAAAGAAGGCAUGCCCACAGAAGAAGACCGGCAAAUCUGACCCGACCGUCUUCUUGAACCCCGAAUCCGGUAAUAGCUAUAAAUUCCGAAACACCUAUUACUCGAGGGUGCUAACGAAGGAGGCCAUACUCCAAAUAGACCAGCAGCUCAUCUUGGGCAGCGACACGUUAAAAAUCACUCAGGAAUUCGCAGCUGGUGCUCCUGGCAUGCCUGGCUUUGAAGAUUUCCGGCGGUCGUUCGCUCUGUCGAUGAGUCGGAUGGGGAAUCUGGGCGUCUUGACUGGAAAACUGGGAGAAAUAAGGCAGAACUGCCGGUUCACGAACAAGGACAAUCCGCACUUGAAGUAGUGUGGAGGAGAAUAUGCAUGAUGAUGGUAGGGGCAUUUUGGUCAUUGUAAAGAUGAAAGGCAUUCAUGCAUGGCUCUUUGUUUUCUUCGGGUGUGGAGAUAGUUAUUUGAAUAAAGAUA